AUGGCUCCCCGGAAAGCAGCACCCGCCUAUGUCCUGGGCGUGGGAAUGACAAAGUUCAUCAAGCCACGUGGAAAGGUCGACUAUACUGAGCUGGGCUUCGAAGCUGGUAUCAAGGCCAUGCUGGACGCUCAAAUCUCAUACGAUGAUGUGGACCAAGGCGUGGCCUGCUAUUGCUACGGAGACUCCACCUGCGGUCAACGGGUGUUCUACCAAUUCGGAAUGACCCAGAUCCCCAUCUACAAUGUCAAUAAUAAUUGCUCGACUGGCAGUACCGGUCUGAAUAUGGCCCGCCAGGCGAUUGCCUAUGGCGCAGCCGACUGUGUCUUGGUUGUUGGCUUCGAGAAGAUGAAUCCGGGCUCGUUACAAGCUUACUUCAACGACCGUGCCAACCCCACUGGUACAACCAAUACCAUGCUCAAGGAGACAAGAGGAGUCACAAACGCGCCUGGGGCUGCCCAGCUCUUCGGAAACGCUGGCCGGGAAUACAUGGAAAAGUUUGGUGCUAAGGCUGAGGACUUUGCCGAGAUUGCACGUGUGAAUCAUGAGCAUUCGAAGCGCAACCCGUACUCCCAGUUUCAGGACGAGUACUCGCUCGAGCAAAUUCUCAAGGCGCCUAUGAUUCACGCGCCUUUGACCAAGCUGCAGUGCUGCCCCACUUCUGAUGGCGGUGCUGCUGUCGUUGUUGUCUCCCAGGAGUUCCUCGAUGCACGGCCACAUCUUAAGGAACAGGCAAUCCUCAUUGCUGGUCAGUCAAUGGCCACCGACUCUCCUGAUUUGUUUUCGCGUAGCGCUAUUGAUCUUGUUGGCUACGAAAUGAGCAAGUAUGCUGGUAAGACUGCCUUGAAGGAGGCCGGCAUAACCUCCAACGAUGUGUCGGUGGUGGAAGUUCAUGACUGCUUCUCUGCCAACGAGAUGUGCGUCAUCGAUGCUUUGGGCUUAUCUGAGCACGGCAAGGCCCACGAACUCGUCCGUGCGGGUGGUAUUACGUAUGGUGGCAAGUACCUCAUCAACCCUAGUGGUGGCCUGAUCUCUAAAGGCCACCCUCUCGGCGCAACGGGUCUCGCACAAUGUGCCGAGCUCACAUGGCAUCUCCGUGGAUGGGCCAACAAUCGCAUGGUGCAGGGCACCAAGUAUUGCUUGCAGCAUAACUUGGGUCUCGGCGGUGCAGUAGUCUGCACAGUGUAUCAGCGCGCAGACGGCAAGGUCGCGACCCCAGUCUCUGAUGCCGAGGUCGGCAAGCGGACCGGUGUCGGUUACAACCCUGCAACUCAGGCACGUGGCUUUACCAACGAACAAGUUGACAAGACCCGUAGCAAGAAGUCUAGGAGUGAGUGGGCGCUGCAGGAUACCCAGACCAAGGUGCAGGCAAGGUUCUAG